AUGCGGAAGGACAUAAAGGGAUAUUUGGUGCAGGUUUUGUCGGAGAGCGUGAGUCUCCGAAUCUCAGGGAAUAUAAGGGGACUGCGAUGGUUGGAGCGGCAUUUGCGCCAAGGACGUGAAGUCUCUGGGGCUGAACAACUGAAGACCGCACAGAAGUUACCUUGGAGAUGUCCCCUUUCAUUGUGCCUCGAGACACACUGUGUCGCCCUGAACACGCAUGGAAAGUUACUGUGUUUUGAGUGGUUUAUCGGAACACGAGACGGACACACAGGUCCAAAAACGUUUGAGAACAACGUAUCACAAGACGCCACCACCAGCAUCAUCUAUACGUGCCUGGUACAAGCGGUAGAAAUGGCUGGUAACAGGAGUCUACAGUCAAGUGUUAAACUCCCGUCUACGCCCCGGUCUCGGGCAGCUGAUCUCCCUCUGGGAUGUGUUUCUUGUGUGUACCGUGCCUGCUACAAGACCAGCGCAUAA